CGUAUAGUGCCGUCCUACUUCCGGUGUGCUUCGGCGCAAGUACGUCCAGCAGAUGUCGCUCUGCCAGCCGCUCGCUCCAUCAAAUCGAUGUUCUGACACCUUCGUCAUGUUGGUUUCUUGGCUCUUGGCUCGUGGCCUCACAAACGAAGAGUACCUAUCGUACAACGGCAGCGGAUAGUGACCCAUUUUUUCCGGGCGGGUGGGCCGUUUUUUUCACCAGAACUGGAUUGCUCCGAGGGCUGAUUUGUUCCAAGUGUACCAGGCGUAGAGUUUCGUCCAAAGUCCGGUAGUGAUCUGUCGAUUUAUUGAUGUGACUUUGGGUAAAAAGGAUUGCACUUUAUCCGAAUAUUUGCGGGCUCACAUUUCCGCUGGGAAUAUGAAUGAUGAAGUGAAGAACAAACGGUGCGAGUGAGCGUAUGGAUUUUUCCGUCUGCAAAUCGGGUCUCUGGUGAAAAUUAUUGAAGAAGCUUUCCCGUGUAGGAUAUGUUGUAAAUUGCAAUCGAAGCAGUUAUUUUUAGCUAAUUGAUCUCCUAAUCGUUUCCACAGUGUCCGCAUCGAGCAAUAAAGCUAGUUUUAGUGGAUGAUUGAAUAGCUUCCAGAAAAUAGAAACAGAUAGUGAAGUUUGAUUGUUUCUGCAAGAAUUGGGAAAAUUGCAUCCAAAUGGAAUGUUCGGGCUAGGAAGUAACACAUAACAUCUUUAUCAGAUAAAGCCCGAACCAGUUAACGCAAGUUUGUGCUAAUAGAAGAAGAAACUUGAGUAGCAAAAUUAGUGUUACGAAAGCAUUUGAUGCAAAUGAAUGAAUAAAUUAUCUAAGUGAAGGAGGAAAAAACGAUUGUUCUGCGAAAAAAAAACGAGAAAAAGUGGUUUCAUCCUUCCUACCUAUGAAGAGUGAGAGAGAGAAAGAGUAGGAAAAGUUUCACUAGUAAUGCGGGGGUUAGAAAGAGACACGCUCUCAAACAGGAGCAUACAGUGAUAAAUCUCCAAGAAAAAGAAAGUUAAUUAAAAGUUUUUUUUCUGGUAAAAAAGUUUUGUCUUUUCCUGUGAUCAGUAGAACAAAAUUCUGGUGAGAGAAAAGAAGUGUUAAAAUAUAUGGUUCAGCAAAAUCCCAUUGAAUCCAGUGUACUGAAUGGAAAGUGCAUCCCGUUCCUUUCCGAUUGAGUUUUUCACAAAACGCCAAUUUCCACAAUGGAUUGAACAAAGCAUAAGGAAUAAAAAAACUCAUUCCUCCUCAGUGUUUCUGCGGUGAAAAUUAAAGAACAAAAAAACACACUUCGAUUGUACUGAUUUAUGCUUAACCACCUACUCGUGUUUUGCUCCUCGUAAAUUUUCUCCACUUUGGCUGAAAGUUUCCGACUUUUCCACUCUUCAAGAAGGCAAGAGGUGUGAGCAAGCAACACAUCAUGUGAGCGGGCAGCUUUCACACGGUGGACUAGGAUAUGGAAGUGGUUGUUGGCAGCAACUCGGCGUGAGUGAUUUAAAAAUAGCUUGUUAAAUAUCGCAUUAGACAGGGCAGAGACAUUCAGCGCCAUCCAAAAGGCAGAGGAAAGGGGUGGCAAAUGAGUGGCGAAAUCCCGCAAUAAAAGCGUAUCAGCAGUGGCACUUAAUCAUCAUUAUCGUCAUCGUCAUCGAGUUUCAACAUCGGAGCACAUAGUGUGAACCAUUAGACAGCGGCAACUUUGCGACGAAACGAUACGGGUGUUUAAAGGCUGCAACUAAGUAAAUCGGUACACAGUGAACUAAAAUUUAUAUGAACUUGUUUUAAUAUGUAGUUGUAUGUGACCGUACAGUGAAGUGCAACUGAAAGGAACACCGGAAAAACGGAAAAGUGGAAAACCCGGAGUGAGAGGAUACGCACUCAUUGACACGCAUCGGCCGUGCCUCUCCGGGAAUUGUGCAUAUUGCUACGGCAUAUCGUCGUCGUCGUCGUCAUUGUCGGCAUCGUGCAUCGUACUCUGAAUCGUAUACCCUGAGCUGUGACCGACCGGAUCGAUUCGGGCCAAGCAAGUUGAAACGACGAGCAUCCGCCACUGGCACCAGAGCGCGCGUUGGCAAUUAUGGUGAUGCUGUAAAAUACCACGAGAGCUACUAAAUAGACGAUGUCCAACGACGCACUCUGGGUGUCUGACGCCAUGUUGGACUCACUCAGUAUGCAACUUCGGGACGCCGAAGCUCGUAGGGCAGAAGCAGAACGCGCACACCAGGAAGCUCUGGUACAGUUAAGGGGUGUAUCAUCUGGCGUCGGUAGGAUAGGAGACCCAAUCGAAACACUACAAUCCAGAGCACGCGAGCUGGAAAAGAAGGCCGCUCUUGAAACAGUCAGAUGCGAAGAGCUUCAGCUAGAGCUGUCGGCUGCCCUAAAAUCGCGUCCCGGUCGAAUGCCGACUAGUUCCAGUUCCGUUGGUGUCGGAGGUCUCAGUAGCACAAUCACAAGCAAUCACUCGACGAUGGUCAACAGUAUCGGAAAUUUCGGUAUGGUUGGCAACUCGACGUCGUUGACAGGAACAUCCUCAGCUCUCAGUGGCAUAGGGGGUGGCGGCAGCGGCGUCGGCGGCGGAGGAGGUGGAGGAGGAGGAGGUGGAGGAGGUGGAGGUGGAGGCAGUACUGUUACAUGGGCUCCCACGCCAACCCAGCAACAGGGAACUGAAAUAGAUAGGAUUAUGGCAAAGAUCGAACAGGCACGUUUAUCCAUUGCUAAUGACAAUCGUAUAUUGGCCGAGUUAGAGCACCCGCGAACUACUGGACCAAUAAUGUCGUCAUCGCUGGGGUCUGGUCUGACAAGCACAAGUCUCAGUCUAUCCCAGCAUCAGCCCCACCUCCAAACGACUAGCUUAGCGUCCCACAUCAACAGCACCGGAGUUCUUGGAGGACUAAGUGGACUGACUAAUAGUGGUGUUCCUGCAAGUGUUGGGACCGGUGUUCCCAGCUCGAUCGGUCUAAACUCGAUAGGUAUUAGCUCAAUUGGAACCGCUGGAAUAAGUUCAAUCACCGCUGGCGUGAAUUCCAUGCAUGUAACUUCGAUGGGAGUGACCUCCAGUGCCAGUAGUCACGCGCUAACCGAUGGACAGUACAGUGUGUUGACGUCAUCCACAGGAGCUUCGAACCCCUACUCAGCAGCUAAUGUUUCACCACUGCCAAGCCGAGCUAAUCCACUGAGUACUACUGCUAUGCCACCCUUAUGUCAGAGUUCUACUAUGCCCGUCCUGUCGUUACACAAUACACAUUCCAUACCAUCGGGAUCAGCGAGUUAUACCCUAGGACUAAGCGUAGCGCCCGUAGCAUCAUCGUACACAUUCCCAACACAUUCAGCGACGACCGGCGGUCUGGCGAGUGUCCUCGGCACGGUGGGAACGUCCGGCGUCGGCACAACCGGGGUUUCGAGUCUGACCGGUUUGGGGACCGGACUCGGAACUGGCACAGGAUUAGGAUUAGGCUCCACUAACCCACUGACGAGUACGUUGGGUACCAACCUGACGAACUUCAACACGAGCACAUCGUACUCGACCUACACGAACCCGCUGCUGACGUCCGGUGGUAUCAGCUCCAAGAUGAAACCACUGGACGAACUGGACCUGCUGACACGUUAUGCGCAGCGGGGCGGAACUCCCUGUUCACCCAUACCUCCGGCGGGCUGGAACUUGGACAGUUACUCCGGUAUCGAUGGCGUCAAUCCUGCGUUCAUGCAUUCGCAGAGUCGAUCGUUGAUCGGAAUGGAUCUAGACGCACGAACUCACGGUUUAACACUGAACGGUACCGGUGAACCGCAAGUGGAUAUGUUAGAUAUACCGGGAAAAGGUAGAUGUUGUGUAUUUAUAGCAAGAUUUUCCUAUGACCCGCCAGAAGUGGAAGGUUCGGAAGGGGAGUUGGCGCUAUGCGCAGGUGAUUAUUUGUUAGUCUGGGGCAACGGUGAACCACAAGGUGGCUAUCUGGAUGCCGAACUGUUAGAUGGUAGAAGGGGCCUAGUGCCCGCGUCCUUCGUGCAAAGAUUAGUAGGUGACGACUUGUUAGAAUUCCAUCAGGCCGUAGUGUCGACACUGCGGGACGCUGAUGACGCCCCCAUAAUCCUCGAUCCAGCGCCGUUACCGUUGGGCAACCCUCUUGUGCCGCACACAACCGAAGACUUAGCGCGAAUUAGCGAAGCCCAUACCGACGUAGGUCAAGAGUUCGACGACGAAGCCGACACAGUUCCUGCACCGAAACAUCUCACCCUGGAGCGUCAGUUGAACAAGAGCGUCCUAAUCGGCUGGACGCCACCGGAUCCACCGGGGUGCAAUCAGAUCGAAAGCUACCACGUGUACGUUGACGGCGUACUGAAAGUGACUGUCAAGGCGACCGAACGCACACGAGCUCUGGUAGAGGGCGUAGACUCCAAUCGACCACAUAGAAUAAGCGUACGUAGUGUAACACAUAAUCGUAGAACCUCUCGCGAUGCUGCCUGCACAAUGAUCAUCGGACGUGAUACCGCACACUUAGGACCAUCGGCAGUAAGGGCCACCAACAUAACCUGUUCCAGUGCGGUCAUAUCGUGGCUGCCAGCAAACUCCAAUCAUCAGCACGUGGUAUGCGUGAACAACGUUGAAGUCCGGACGGUGAAGCCCGGUGUUUACCGGCAUACGAUAACGGGUCUGGCGCCUAGUACGCAGUAUCGAGUGACGGUUCGUGCGAAACACUUACGUGCGGCAGGUCAAACGCAAGCCCCUACCGCAGGACCUCCACCGGAAGAAGCGCCUGGAGCGUAUACCGACUUCAGAACGCUAGCCAAAGGAUUACCCGAUCCGCCCCAGGAAAUCCAAGUCGAAGCGGGACCACAAGACGGCACCCUGCUGGUGACCUGGCAGCCGGUGACGCGACCUCCCUCGUCCGGACCCGUUACCGGAUACGCCGUGUACGCGGACGGCAAGAAAGUGACUGAUGUGGACUCGCCAACCGGUGACCACGCGCUGAUCGAUAUCGGCAAACUGGUCGGACUCAAUCCCCGAGCAGUAACAGUGCGGACCAAGUCCCGCGACUCCCAGUCGGCGGACAGCAACCCAACCAUGAUACCAAAAACAAAUACUGAAAAUGGACUAAACUAUUCAUCAUCAUCACAACAAUCGCAACACAAUCAAGACCAAGUGCGAACAGCCGCUAGGAAUCGAAACCACAGCGGCGCCAUGCAGCCCCAGCCCGGCGUUGGUCCCAUGCGCGGUCGAAUGAUGAACAGCCAGCAGCAGCAACAGCAUCAACAGCAGCAGAUGAUGAACAACCAGGGCAUGAUGAACAAUCAGAUGCAACCGAUGAACCCGAACCAGGUGAUCGAACACGACGAGAAUCUCAGCGAUAAGGAGAUCUACCCGGGAUCGAUACACCAGCAGGAACGUGCCCAGCGCGACUCGAACAGCAGUGGCAUACCGGCGAUUGAAAUCACUAAAGAGACCGUCACCGAUGUCACCUAUAUUAGCGACGACAGUGAAUACCAAGACGGCGCUAGUAGCGGUGGCGGAAGUGGACGGCGCCGUAGUGGCCCUCCGCCACAGCAGCAACAGGGUUAUCGGAAUCAGAACAUGUCCGUCAAUCAACCCGGACGGCAGACGAACCCUCAAGGACCAAACCAGCCGUACUACGGUAGCACGAAUCCACAGCAGAACCAGCAACAGGUGCAACAGCAACAACAGCAGCAGCAGCAGCUGCAACAGAUGAACCGCAAUCCCAACCAGCCCCGACCGAUGAACCCCAACCAGCAGAUGCAAGCUCAAACGCAAAACCAACAACGGAUGGGUGGUGGUCCAGUGCCUGGUCAACAGAUGACGCCCCAGACGAUGCCUCCGUUUCCGGCGCACCUGAUGAAUGCGUCGAAAAAACCGCGCUACUUCAUGGCACUGUUCGACUACGAUCCGGCCACGAUGAGUCCCAACCCGGACGCGUGCGAAGAGGAGCUGCCCUUCAACGAGGGCGAUACAAUACGGGUCUACGGUGAUAAGGACCCCGAUGGUUUCUACUGGGGAGAGCUUCGAGGUCGGAGGGGUUACGUUCCGCACAACAUGGUACAGGAGAUUGAAGACGGUGCUCAGGGUGGCGUAGGGCCCUCGGUGCGAAGUAUUAGCAGAGAUCGAUGGGCCGAUAUCUAUGCCAAUAUGCCGGUAAAACGGAUGAUCGCACUGUACGAUUAUGAUCCGCAAGAGCUAAGUCCCAAUGUGGACGCCGAGCAGGUGGAAUUAAGUUUCCAAACCGGCGCCGUCAUACUCGUGUAUGGCGACAUGGACGAAGAUGGUUUCUACAUGGGCGAACUGGACGGCGUGCGAGGUCUGGUGCCGUCGAACUUCCUCACCGAGGCACCGGACCAGUACAGUAAUCAAGGCCCCAACGCCAACAAUCUGGCACAACGGACGCUCAACAGCAAUAACAAUCGAGCACGGGGGAUUGGCCCUGGUGUACGAGGACCUCCACCUCCGCCUCGGGACAACAUGGGCGGCAUGGGUGGCUUAGCACAACGGGGCCCGCAACGGAAAGAUGCUCGCCCUUCUUCCCCUACACUGUUAGACAACACGGGCCACCCUGCCCCCGAUCACCAAACGCAGGGGAUGCAGGGGAUAGGAGGGAUGAUCGGUCAAGGGAUAGGGAUCGGUGGUAAUGUUGGCGGAAUGAGUAGCAUGCAGCAGCAAACGCCACUACAACAGCAGCAGCAACAGAUGCGACAACAGCAGCAACCGAUGAUGCAGCAACAGCAGCAAAUGCAACAGAACCAGCAACAACAGCAACAACCCACAACCACAGCCUCAUCCGGUGGUGUCUUUUCUACAGCUACCAACCUACUAUCGGGGGCCGCCGGAGCGGCAACCGGUGGUCUGUUCGGCAAGAAGCCGGCCGCACAGACGCAACAACAGCAGCAACCCGGCGGUGGUCCGAUGAACCAACAACCGCAACAACAAUCAUCCGGUCCAUUUAGUAGUUUAGGCAUGAACAUGGGCAUGGGUGGUGGCCAGCAGCAACAGCAACAGCAACAACCCGGCCAACCUGGCCAACCCGGUCAGCCAGGUCAACCCGGUCAGCAGCCAGGUGGGCCCAACAUUAUGGGCAAAAUCCAAGAGAUGGCAGCACCUGGUGGAGACAUCCUGUCCAAGGGCAAAGAGCUAAUAUUUAUGAAAUUCGGUCUUGGUGGUAAAUAACCCCAGGCAUUUAGUUCACAACAUUAUAAUUAUAGUUAUUAUUAUUGGAGCUGUAAUGAACCUAAACUAUAUUGUACAAUAUUAUUGCUAUGAAUUACUCUCAACAUUCCGAAUCCUAAAAACGAGAACACAAUACGGGACGAACUGUAGAAGCAAAAUCGUAUUCGCAAAAGAAUGGAACAAAUAAUAGGCUAGUAAGUUAAAUACAAAAAAUUAAGAAACAAGAAGAAAAUUGUUGUCAAAAGCUUUAUGUUCAUGCAAAUGCAGCCGACGAAAUGUUUCAAGUGUAAAUACGACAAAAAUCGAUAUAUUUUGGUUCGAGAAUAAAACAACCCAUUAGAGAUUUAGAAUUAAGUGAACCAGAAACAUGAUCACGCACACGUUUUUUCGCGGCAUUUUGACGAAAAUUGAAGUUGUUUUAGUUCAUGCGUUGUUUUCCUCAAGUUAGAGUUUAUUUGUUCUUCUUGUUUGACGGAAGGUGACCGAGAGUUGCCCUUCGGAAAUUUAUCGUAGUCGUUUCUAUACAAAACUGUUUGAAUAGUGUUGUUUUAUUUAUCGUACUUUGGUCUUGUUUGAUGAAUUGCUAGGAAGAGUAAAGGUUAAAAUUAUACAAAGUUGUAGUUAUUACCAGACGUAAAAGACAAGUUCUAACAUUAAGAUGAGUGAUCAAAAAACAAAGUGAAUGAAAAGGUGAUAUUUACAUUUAAAGCAAAUCAUUACCCAUAUCAUUCCAUAUGCAUAUUAUUAUAAAUAUAUUAUAUAUAUUUAAAAGAUGAACAAAACAUUCAUGCUUCAAAGUGCUGUUCAACAUUUAGAGUUACAUCUCACCGCAAUCAACUCUUUUCAACUGGUGCAUCCAUCAUUCAUCAUACCAUUGAUAGCGAAUAAAACAAACAAAAAAAAAUGAAACAACAAACAAUAUUGAAUUGAAUCGGCGCGUCUUUAGCACAACAUUAUCUAUUAUCAAAAAAUAUCUUUGACUAAAACAAAGCAAGACAAACCUUACAGUAAUCUAUCGUUAUCUGAUUAUUGACCCCCAACUUGAAUUACGAAUCAAAGAGAAGAAAAGUAUAUCAACUUAUCGCAAUGUUAUUAUUUAUCUCUAUUUUUGUUCGUAUAUACAAAAGAAACGUCGCUAAAGAGUUGUACUAAAAAACUUAACAAAAAAAACUAAUGGCAAACAUGUAGUUAAAAGAAAAUUUAGUGUAUUAUAUGAAGAAAUAACUAAAGCAGAAAUCACUUCAAUUCUCUAGCAAUUGAUUUGAAGUUACGUUAAGCAUCGGGUUAAAAAAGUUAGCGGAUCGACUAGGCGAUGAAACUAAUAUUGGCAUGUAAAUACAUAAAUAGUACUGGCUCGAAACUGUUUGGAAUCAUAGCGAAAAUCUCGUUGGCGCGCGAGUGCCGACCGUUGUUAGCUGGAAUACAUGGCCGAAAUGAGGACGGAAAAUGAAAAACACAAAAAAAAUUCCAGGUGAAAUGUUGAAGAAAAAAGACGACCACAAAUGUUUACCCACCAUUAUUAAAUUGAGAAUAUUUAUAGUUAUUAAUCAAUCUUUAAAAUUAAACUACAAGAAAAAAAAACAUAAAAUACCAAAAAAAAAGUGGACAACCAAUUUUGCGACGUGUAAAAACCUUGGGAGUUCGUGCGACGAAAAUGCGAAAAUGCUAAACAAUAAUAUUAAAAUUACAAACAAAACAGAACUCGCAAACAAUCUUGAACGCUUAGCGAAGACAAAAUCUUAUAGAGUUCAGACAUAAACUCGAUCAGAAUCAAUCAAAUAACAGAACACACACCUACACCGUGACACAUUAACACACUACACUGAUGGCGCAUAUCGACGGAUGGUGGCAGCCAUUCCAAGUAGAUUCACUUCUACACUGCUUUUUAAUUCAGAAUAUAGAAAACAAAAACUGUUUCAAUAUUCUUUCUGUAGUUGCCACAAGUUUAGCUCAAAGUUUGAAGAAAAAAAAAGUAGGUUAUAUAACUUUCAUUGAUCAAGUCAAGGGAAACGCUGACACCAUCCAGCGUACUCGCCAUUUCACCCCAGCACAUUCACACUUUUACAUGAAACAUGAUGAACACACACACACAUACAUACUUCUAAACACGUACCACAACACGUGCACCGUUUGCUAAGAUGAGGUGAGGUAAACCGCAAAAUCAUAGAUGGCGCAGUGACUGGCAAACGUAAGUAUUAUCUCCAGACAGUUUGAUUUAUCAAAAUGCAUCGUUUUGGUUUGCCUUCGAAUGUUCUUGUUACUAACUCCAAUUACAAACCUGGGUCGACUGGUGAAAAGUGUGAAACUACUCUAGACCGCUGGAUUUCCCUUCAAGUUGGUCAUGCCAUGCUUAAUAUCAAAAAAGUUGUUUCGCCCUUUUCAUAUGUUGAUCCAAAAACAUCCCAAAAUGUCACACAAGUCUGCGUCCGCGCAUGAAAACGGCUUCUCACGCGCGUGCUCUCUUCUCACAGUUAUGAACAAAAGACGAUUUAAUAACUACAAACCCAGUUUCAUCCACCAAUCAGCGCUGCUGCUUUCUUUCCGUUCCAUUCGAUACCGACAUCGAAGGCGUGGCCUCCUUUGCAUAGUGAAUGUUUUCUGCGAUUAACAUAUACCUAUUAUUAAAGAUCAUUAUGCCAAAAAUAUCGCUUCCCAUAGAAUUUCCACCCAGUGGCAAAACGCUAUUCGGCACUGCGCCGAAUGGCAUAAUACCGUGUGACAUAACCUUAAGAAUCGUUAAUUUAAAAAAGGCACAAGAAUGGUGUUAUGCCUGAAUGGCUUUAUGUCAAACGGCGUUAUGCCAAAUGGGUGGAGCCGUCACAGUGUCAAAUCGGUCUCUCAUCAGUUGGAAACGUUUUCAUACUUUCUAGGUCCCAACGAGUGUAAAAUGGCUUGAAGGGCUUCGUCGAGUUUCAAAGCGAAGCCCUUUUAGUAGUUAACAUCAAACACAAACACACAAAUACACGCACCCAAGGACUAUUUGAGGGUAAAGUAUGUUUUAAAUAAGUUUUUUUUUUCAUAACAUUUCAUCGUCUCUCAUUACUAGCUGUUUUUACUCGAGCACGGCAAUUCAAAAUGUUUGUAUAAAUUUUCAGUGUUCCUGGCAACACUAACAUGUGGAUCACAGAACCAUCAACUAAGUGAAAAAAAGUGGAUUAUCUCUAACAUUUGAAGCCUUUGGAUUCUCGAAAGCAGUAAUUGGUUCAAUAAAUCUCAGAUACGAACCGCAGCCUCAAAAUAGAAUCAGUUAUUAUUUAGUGUCAAGAGCUGAUUCCGGACAUAUGAAGAGCUUUUAAGAUCAAUCAAAUCACCAUGGACCUCACAAAUCCAGGUCUACUAUUCUGGUAAGAUUGUCACUACUUCAUACCGUGUAUCUUUUGGAAACUCAAGCCCUGUCACGGUCGCCAUGUAAUGUGAAAAUGUUUCCGUUUUUAAUGUUGAGAGAUUUUCAAAGAAGGUGAGACUCUCCAAGCUGAUUAUUGGCUGCAACACGUCCAUUCCCCGAAUAACACAUAUGUUGUAGAUGAGGUUAUAUGGCUCCUAUAUGACCAAAUAUGGUCACAUUAGAGUCAUACCGACUCAUGUAUGACAUGUGUGCUACUAGGGUCAGUUCAUAGAGUGUAAGUUGAUUAAAGGAGUUGAGGAAUAUUACAUCCAUAUUCAUUAACAUCGAAGAUUACUAGGUAUUGAUGAAUGUUUACCGGUAUUCUGGGUCUCAAACUUAUAGCUCAGUUCUUUCGGAGAUACGACUGAGGUUAGGUACUGUGACGGUUGGUCUCGCAGUCUAAUGGGGAAUGGAAAACACUAGCUUAUUUAUUAUUAAUAUUUCCGACGUUUCAGCCCGUUUGGAACCUUUUUCAAAGGUUCAAUCUUCAGGGGUUUCAAAACAGUUUUGCUAAACUCGUUCCAGGAGCUUUUCGUAAUGAAUAUUUUCUUGAUUUCCUAGGGCACACAGUAGUUUCAUGCCUGCAUGUGUAUAUGCAAAAUGGUCAUUGGAAGAGGAAGCUCUCAGUUAAUAACUGUAGUAAUGCCCAUAGAACACCAAACUGAGAUGCAGGCUUUGUCCCAGUUGGGAGGUACCUGCAAGAAGAAGAAGAUUUGGUUUCAAAACAAUGUUUUUUUGACUUCUCAAAGUUUGAGUAUUGUGCUCGAGUAAAAUUAUGCAACUAUUUCAAUAUUAAGUAAGAGGCUUUGACACAUAGUAACAUCCACAAGAUUUUUAUUAUACCAUCAAUCCCAUCGCUAUCAAAAUCAACAUCACGUUCAAAAGCAAUACAAUAAUUGAAACACAGGAACAAUCUUCUCCUAAAACAAACGAUACGUAGGCAACGGAACUGAAAUUUGGGAACCAAAUCGAAUGGAAUCUAACGGUAUUAUUUUUAUCCACCAUUGUUCAAUUCGGAACCCAUGCGACGUUGCACAGUGGUAAAAAUGUCAUCGUCAUCAAAAUAGGCCAAAACAAAACGGUAAGGCAACAAAAAGCAAAGCAGCAACUGAAUCGAACACCCAUAGCGAGCUAGUAUAACUGUACAACCAAUUAAUGUUUGAACAUUUUUCUAGAGGGAAACCCAAACCAAGAAAAUAGUGCACACGAGAGCAAGAAUUACCCGACUCAACCUUAGUUCGAAACUCUCCACACUUAGUCCGUUACUUUUCACUCUAGAUUGAAUCGAAUCGAAUGAAAAAAAAUCAAUAUAUUUACUUCACCUCAACUUUCUACUGACUUUUCAACUCAACUUACUUCUAAACUACACAGAAAACUCACACUCGUAAAAAAAUACUAACAUUUCUAUCAAACACACGCAAUGUCUGUUAACAAAAGUGAAUCCAAAAGAAGAACAGCAAAAAAAAACUUUUGAUCAGAUAAAAUGGUAGCGAAAAAACAUGCGGGCAAACCAGUGAGAAUGGUACGAGAGCAGUACACACAGUAAAACAAUAUUGAAGUACAUAAAGGAAAAAAACAAAGUGUUAUUGUUAUAUUGCGGAAAAAUAAUGAGAAAAUGCAAUUGAAAUAAAAUAAAUUCAGUUCGGUGCCUUCUGAAUGUUUGACGCGUGGAAUUUACUUUCCGAGAUACUUUUUUCUCUUUGCCCUUUGCUUUUGUACCACUCAACUGUUGAUCUUAUUUAGUUUGCUGAAAUCAAGUUCGGGAAAACGAAAGACAAGAAAAAAUGUUACGAAACAUAAAUUCGAUCUACCCGUCUCAUCUACAUGUUGCUUGAGUCCCUACAAACUACUACCUACGAAUGCUACGUAUUGAACACGUGUUUCCGGUGAUCUCGGUGAUUGUUCUACUCGCACUCUCUACACACAUUCGUACACACAAUUCGACUUUCGGGCAUUUUUUUCUAUCUGUGUAAUGUGAAUCGUACAUGUCGUUUCUUCUUAUUGUACGCUCAAUCCGGUUAUUGAUGUGUGUGCGUGUGUUCGCGAUCAGUUUUUUUUUUAUUCUGAAUGCGACUGUUGCGAUUCAAGUUCCCUUGGCUCUCGGAAAAGGUUUGGAUAGAAAACGGUGCGGAAUCAUUGGAUGCCUUUUGGAUCUGUACUCGUAGCUGAUCGUCUCGAUCGGUCGAACGAUGGUCUCGUUUCAAAAUUGACAUUUUAAAACAUAGAAAAGGUCCAUAACUUCAAGUUUCGUGUGCCUGCAUCUGUCUUUGCACGUGACCAGAUUCUUUAGUUGAACCUUUAGUAUCGUCCACAAAGUCCACAUACUGAAACAUUCAGAUGAUGUACCUUUAUAAGCGACCGCGUGAAGAUGGAGAUAUUUCUCUGUGUGCAAUGUUUCACAAUGCCGUCUACCCCCGUUGGUUUGACCGCAUCUAAUCUGAACACUUUUAAAUUGAUCCCCGCUAAUCUGCACACCGUUCAAAUGAAAAAUAGAUCAAACGUCAUUUUGCUAAAGGAACGGUGUGAAACGGAACGCAGAAUCAAAACAAAACAUCAAAUAUGGUUGCCAGCAGUGUGUUCUAUUGUCACCCACAGGGUUGCUAGAAGUUCAAAAAAUGAACCCCGUUGGUUUGUAUGAGGUGUCGUUCAAACCAACGGGGGUAAACGGUAAGUGCACUCGGAAGUUUACUCCAGGGAGGGUGUAGGCACGUCAUACUCGAACAAACUACGCCUACCUAACAUACAUCGAGCGGGCUUUCCCAAACAACACAAUGCGAUGUCGCGGGCCAUACCCAUCAGCAACCCUAACCGAUUUCCAAGCAGGAUUCGACCAGGCCCCAGGUCGCGUUGCCAGUCGACACUAACACGCUCGCAAAAGAUGAGCAAUAGGCCUACCUUGCCGCUUGCGGAUCACCUGGUACACUCUAAACGAUGUUGUUACAUCACUGCAUUCUGUCUGCAUUCACGUUUUUUCAAGAUCAUUCAGUGUUACACGUAUCAGCAGUGAUGAAAAAUGUCAUAACCAUCACGAGACUGCCACCAGAGCCAAAUUCGUUUAUCUCUCUUCCAACGUGAAACGAUCUUAGCAAGCAUCAGUCAUACCCAAUUAGGGCGUUUGUUUCAAGUUUCACACUCCUCUCUCAUCGAGAAGUGGUAUUGUGCAUCCUAGCUUAAUCACUCAGAUCCUGCUGAUCUGAGUCAGCCGCCAUAAGAUUGCGCCCGUUUGAUUUGUACACGGCAGCUGACAGCUCCACCCGGCGGCUGCAAAACAGUUUUAGCCAAGAUGCACACCGUGUGCAAAUCAUACGUGCGCGGUCUGGCGCGAUCUGAGGCUGCGCGUUUCGAACGCAGCUUGCUGAGAAUCUAAGAUAAGCGCGACAAUAGCUAGAUGUAGAGUAGUGCUUCAGUAAAACACUCUUCACGAUGAUAAUGUGAAUUUACUCUUCACGAUGAGUAAAUACUGGAGUUCCCAUGCCAAUAAAAGUGUUUAGUAAAUAAAAAUGGCUUGUGAUUGGUGCUGAUGCGUGUAGCACAGUUGCAAUUUGUCGACAACACUUCGUGAUUCAGAUAUUACACAGUUGAUCAAUACAUAUUGAUUGAAAACUGCAUCUGUUAUUGAUGCUUAACAGCACUGUCGUUUAGUCCUUCUCCGCUGUUGAUACGAAUGUGUCAGAAAACAGGUAACAUGAUAUAAAUAAUUCAGGUUUUACUCAAUAAUGGCUCGCAACAUUCCCUGCUAAGCUUGCCAGUUUUGUCGAAGAGCCCCACAUCAUCUUCAACUUAUGCCUUCCUAAACACAAGAUGUUUGGGGUACAUAGCUUAAAUAGCAGCGUAUUAAAGAUUUGUUUAACAGAAUUGACUGAAAAUGCAUCCCGAUGUUCACAUAGAGUGGAUCACCUUCAUGAUGCAUGUUCAGCGAUAUCCGUUGAACGAUUCUUUUAAACGGUGCUCUACAAAAUCAUAGCUAUGUACUCCAAAUAACUUGUCCUUAACAUUCAAUGGAUCACUAAAAUUACCAAAACGGUCGCUAUGGAAGUAGCAGAUAGCACCACCUUAACUUUGUGUGUUUGACGUAACUCGACUACUGUCACAAUGUUAAAGGUAUACAAAGUGACGGCAUAUAAGGUGGAACAAAUGUCCCCUGCCUUUGUACUGAUUCCGCAAACAGUUUCAGGUCGUCCAUAUAGAAGAUGUGGGUUAUUCUUGCGCUUCUCGUUCCACUUUCCAGUAGAUAGUCAUAGUUGCAUUGAUUGAGUGCUCUGCUGAGGGGAUUCAUUACAAGGCAGAACAAUAGUGAACUGAAGAUAUCGCCUUAGGAUAUUCCCCUCCUGAUGCUGAGAUUUCUGGACCGCGACACAGCUGUUCAGUUGUGGGCACGUACUUCACAUUCCCAUCGCGUGCUGACGUUCACGUCUACCUAAUGACGCCUAAUGUCGUUCACGUCUACCUAAUGACGCCUAAUGUCGUUCUCGUCUACUUUGUACAACUGCAGUACCUUGAGAAGGUACGAGUGCGAUACUGAGUCGUACUCCUUCUUGUAAUCGAUGUACGCCAUACUCUGGUUCUUCUGCUUUUCGGUGGCUUGACCUACAAUGACUGCAUAUAUGAUGACCAGAUCUAUGUAACCUUGCAUUUGGUAUACCGGAUAGGUUCAUGUACAUCCUGAGCGGUUGCUACGACCACGAUCAUGUCUCCUACUCCAUUACACUGACGCUGCUAACCACAUACCAUCGUCGCAGUAAAGGACAGGGCUAUCCCGUAUCAGUAGACUCCGUGGGGUUAUCCCGAAGAUUGGCCCAGAACUGUGUGACUUCGUCGAACUCCGGAAGGCCUUCUCCAUAAUCAGGCUUAUCGUUUCGAAUGCAGCUGCAGAAAAGGGCCUAUCUGAUUUUUGUAAACAAACAUGUUUUUGUCUCUGUAGGGCCCAUCUGCAUCCACCCACGCACAUCAACACCCUUAACAGGUAGCUUGAAAAACAUCCUUUCUGAUAAGGCUGUUGAUGUGCGUGGGUGGAUGCAGAUGGCCCAUACAGAGACAAAUACAUGUUUGUUUACGCAAAGCAGAUAGGCCCUUUUCAAAUGUUCGUCUAGAUUUAGCAAGAGCACUCAACCGCUGUACAGGGGUGUUUUGGAUCUCUGUAAUGUUUACUUCUGUGAGAUCUCGGACUUCUACGGGCUUCACAAUUUCAGCAACAUUUCAAACUAGCCUCGUUGAUCGAUUCCCAUGCAUGUACUGUGUUAAUCUUGGUCCGCAAUGUGGUGAUUCGAUUCUCCAAACGCCGCAUCCACGUGGAUUUUUGAGUGCUGGGGCGUGUACGACCUUCACCGUCUCCUUGAGGGCGCGACCGAAACCCCAGCGUCUUCACAACAGCCACCGCAACUGAAUACACAGUAAACUGUUGUUUCUCUAGGUUCUGUACGACCUCCAUGUACUAAGGCAAAAUAUCCUGGUUUAGGAUGCUUACUGCACUCGUUAGCCGAUAUGAAUUCCGCAGCUUUGGUAUUCGGCAUGUUCCACGGAACUGCCUGACUGCUGUGAUCACGUGGUGCGCUGGUUCAUCUCGUAGUUGCUGUCGCUGUUACAUAAUCCGCUGCCGUCAGCCGCCUUCUAACGUGAGUGACUGAAGUCGAUCAGCAUCAAUAACAUUGGCAGGUGCAGCAUGGCCUUGAUGAUUGCUAUUUCUACCGUUUCUGCUCUGCGUUUGCGGUACGUUGCCUGGCCAUUAUGUGACUAUUGCAAGACAAAAAGUUUCAGAAAAUACGAAACCCCUAUCUGCCCUGACCUGACCAGUUUGGCCCUGUUCAGCCUCUUCUUUGUUGUAGUCUCCGUUACCCCACGAACCUUGCAUUUCUUGUACGGGUUGUAUUCCAGGUCCUUCCUCAUGCCAUGAUGGUUUGGGUAGUCCCCAUUCACACAUCCAGGUCAGCAGCGACCACGGAUCGAGCGGUUCAUUUUUCGACGAACCCGCUCCCUCACCACCUUGAUGGCUGCUAGCGUUUUUACUGAAUACGGCCGCUUGGAUCUCGCACGGAUCUUGAUCGAGCCCGUCUUUCGCUACCGACGGAUUUCAACCGCCGGAAUAUGUCGCCGUCAGUUUUCGCAAACAACUUAUCGCUGCACCGUUUUCGGAAACAUCCGUCGCGCCACUUUUUCGUCGUGAGGGGUUAACAAAAAAAACCAAUGACAGCAGCUAAUCUGACACCAAUACCAAUUCACAGAAUGCACACGGUGCGCAUCUACACAACGAUAAAAUGUUGUAUUCGAGCCUAUUGAAACCCUCUACGAAUUACUGUGGUUUUAUAGUGGUAUUACUUUUGACGCUAAUGAUCUUUAGCAUUGGCGGAGCCAGCUUUUUCUUUUUUCUUACUCACUCUUCUAAACAUGCAAGAGAAAGAGCGAGAUGAAAGAGGAGACAAGCUGCCCCCUCUUCCAUCUUUUUCUUUCUCUUGUGUGUUUAGGAGUGUGAGAAAAAAAAAGAAAAAGCUGGCUCCGCUAAUGAUCUUUAGUGAAUUUAAGAUUUUUUAAAGGAUAACUUGUAAGAUCUUUCAUCGCUCCUAAAAGAGAUCUUCGAAAAGUCUUUAGCCAGAUGCUUCAAACUUGCAUACCGAUUCGUACAGAUUUCGAACGCUCCAAGCCGCAAUUCCCAACCCUAUUCUAGACUAUAGGGCUCGGUCCGUUCUAGUAAUGAUUUCGCAUUUCAUUUCGGUUCUUUCACUCAAGCUACAAAGCAGGAUCUUAGCUAUAUCAUGUUGGAAUUCUUAUCUUAAUCUACUGUUUCAAGUGUAAGAUAUAAAAUUACGAACUCAAACAGCAAAAUCGACUAGGCGUGGCGUGAGAUUGAAGAUGGAUGCAAGUCUUACAGUAAGCUGAAUCCAAAUAUGCAAAAAAAAAACAGGAGAACCAGUGAGCAGUGUGUAAAAUACAAAAAAAAAUAGCGAGCUGAAAUUGGAAACGUGUAGUACUUUGUACAUUCAAUGAGAUAUAAAGUAGAUAUACAAAUAAGAACACAUGAUUAAAUAAAAUACGAUGCUAUUCCAACAAACACGCUUUUCAUGCUUUUUUGUACAUACAUUAUGACGAGAAAUUCUUCGUUUCUAUUACCGGACAUUAACGACGAUAGGUAUUAUCGAAAAAAAUAGAGGAGGAAUGGAACGCAAUGAAGCUAAAAGCUUAGACUAUCUUUAUACACAGAACCAAAAACAAGCAGCCGAAGUUAUACAAAACCGUUUCAAAUUUGGAUUUAUGCAAUAAUGCCUCGACAAAAGCUUUUCUCUAAUUAGCCCUCAAAUCAGGAUAGCCAAAGACACACAUCGUAUGUAGAUGCGCUAUCCCCUCGGUCACUUUAAAUUUGGCUGAACUCUUCUCUUCGCGUGUUAUUAUGUCUUACCUUGUACCGAACGAUAUAAAAAAAAAACUCUGUCCAAAACAAAACCAAACGAACUAUUCCGUAUUCAUCUGUAUAAAACAACAAGUCUAAGACAAGGAGAACAAAUACAAUAAUUAAUUAUAAUGAUCAAACCAAACUUAACGGCAGCCAAAUUCAAACCCUUCAUCUCUCAAUAAUUAGUUUAGUAAUGGAAUGAAACUGAGUCAAAAUUAGUGUAGCAGAAGCUGUCACGAAACAACACUAGCGGAACGGCAAAAUUGUUAAAGAAGAACUACCAUAAAUUAAUACUAAAGGAAAUUAAAGAAUUUGUCGCGAGUCACGAUGAAUGAAUAGUGUUAAAUGCAAGUGUCGACGAGAGAAAAAAAAAUCUAAUAAAGCGAACCGAACAAAAUGUCGAUAAAAAAAUAUCCGAGUCUAUCGUUUUCUUGGUUGCAGAAGCUUCGCCAUUCACGUGGUAAACACAUAUCAUAGUAACAUGUUCAUUCGAUACGCCAGAAUCAGACUCAUACAUGCUCACACGGAUCCAGUUUCAUUGUGGACUAUCUAGAAAUGUGAUCAGUUCAUACAUUCUGUCCCCUAAUCUCUCCCUGAUUCUUGAAUAAAACGCCGACCAUUUUGCGUUACCUAUCCUAGCUUAGAAGUUUCUCCAUGGUCAAAAUCGUUCCGAAGAUAAAAGCAGGCAGCCAUAACGUCCUUGUAAAUCCCAUUCCACAACUCCGAUUCCGAUAAAACAGCGAAGAGUGCAGGAAAGCAGAAAUUCGUUUUGACAACACUAAUCGCUUGGUUCAAUCACACACCAUGAUUUAGGGAGGCCACAAAAACACAAACAAAAGUGAAGCAAGAACAAACAGCUGAGGUUAAGAACAGUGGAAACAAAAAAAAACAACAAAUAUAAAAAACUCAAAACAACAUCAAACACACAGAAAAAGAAACACAAAAUGCUACCACAACCAAACAGAGAAAAGAUACUAAACCAACAAGAAACAACAAUAAAAAAUGAGAUCAGGCGGAAAACUGACAGAAAACCAACAAGCAUCUUUGUAACGAUAAUAAUUAAGAAGGAAAAUACAUUACAAGCAGAGAAAUACAAUAAAAUCGUGAAUGUAAGUGAAACCAAA